AUGAUUUUACGAGUCAGUCCUGGCACAGCAGAAGCAGGGAGUCCAUCCCCUGAAUCCACCUGCGUCUCUGGGCAAGCACAAGGUCGCUUUUGGUCCGCGCUGGUUUCCGCAUUCCUAACGAACGUCUGUCCGGGCCCACAACAACGUGAUGCGUUCGAUUGUGCAUCAUCAAAGGUGGAUCAUAGUGCAUGCUGUCAACGAGCCGGUCUACUCACAUUUCACGGUGGUAAAUGUCUACAAUUUUGUCGUACAAAUGACGCACAACCGACAAAUCCUCUGGAAUUUUUGCCAUGUUUACAAGUAUUCGAACAUAUUAAAGCAUGCUAUCGUGAAUAUCAAACCACACAUCCGAAUAUCCUUGGAGAUUAA